GUGAAGACUAAACGGAUGAGAUUCCCGAGUAUGUUCAAAAACGGUUGGUUUUUUUUUGGGAAUUUGUUCCAUCCGUUUAAAAAAGUAGUACCGAUGACAGAUAAAGGAGGACGCUCUGCUUCCCUGCUCCUUUGUUCGAUCCGACCGGUGGGUUGAGUCAGAGACGGGAGGCUGAGCUGGACCUAACAAACCACCAGCACCGGGGAACCCGACCGAGGAGACGCCGCGACGGAUAAACAAGGAUUAAAAAUCAUCAGAAAGGCGAAAAAAAAAAAUUUGGAUUUAAAGUAUUUCAGAAACAGUUCUGCUUCUCUAACCGCCGCCUGUCUUCUGCAUCCUUUAGCAGCCGUUGUAGCUUUCACACUGGGAAAUAAACCGGCAGGCUGACAGUUGCUAAGCCCACACCGGUCAGUCUCCAUCAUCCACACCGAUCUACGCUGACUCCCUUUCAGUUACUUGUGGCUCAGCAUCCAUAUUUGCAUCCCAGGGAGUGGCAGGCACUAAUCCUCCCUGUCUUUCCCCCUCCGCCGCCGCUGAGCACCUAGAAGUUAGCCGUUUCUCGGACACCCUCUAGGACGCUGUAUUUUCACACAGGAAGCUAAACAUGGAGAAGGACAACCUUUGCUCUCUCAUCUAGUACCGGAUCCACAACCGUCAUCAACCGGGGAAGAGCACUCCAGGUCCGAGCUGUAUCCCUGCUGCCACAGAAUGAACAUGCUGAAAUCCAGUGGACUGAAAAUUCCUGGCCGUGGCGCCAAGCAUUCCAGCCCGGUGGGAAGGACCUCAGUGGGUGGAAUCUCCAGCCCCGUCGCCCCUAAAGACAGCACCCCACUGAAGCCCAUCACUCCAGCUAAAAUCUCAGAGGAAGGCGAUGAUGUUUUAGGAGACUACACUGUUGGUGAACAAGUCUGGGUCAACGGCGUCAAACCUGGAGUCAUUGCCUACCUAGGGGAGACCCAGUUUGCCCCCGGACAGUGGGCCGGAGUCAUACUGAACGACCUAGUUGGCAAGAAUGACGGGUCAGUGGGUGGCGUGCGCUACUUCGAGUGCCAGCCCCUGCAGGGCAUUUUCACGCGACCCUCGAAGCUCACCCGACAGCUGGUCGGUGAGGGAAGCGAUAGCCACUCCACCGACUCUGCCCAGAAUCAGACUCAGCAGGGGGGCACCGGCGCCCCUGCUGGCCAGAGGGUGGUGGUGCCGCUCAGAGAGGGCCUCCUAAACAGCGCAGUGAAAACAGGCAAUGAGUCGGGCUCCAACAUGUCGGACAGCGGGUCUGUGAAAAAAGGUGGAGAUAAAGACCUGCGAGUUGGAGAUCGAGUUUUGGUGGGAGGCUCUAAGAUGGGAGUGAUACGUUACAUGGGGGAAACAGACUUCGCCAAGGGUGACUGGUGCGGGGUCGAGCUGGAUGAGCCCCUGGGGAAGAACGAUGGUGCCGUCGCUGGUACAAGAUACUUCCAGUGCCUUCCAAAGUUUGGCCUGUUCGCUCCUAUCCACAAGGUGAUCCGCAUCGGUUUUCCCUCCACCAGCCCAGCCAAGGCAAAGAAGAGCAAACGGGUGGCAAUGGGGGUGUCCUCUCUGGCCCACAGCCCCAGCAGCUCCUCCAUCAGUUCAGUCAGCUCGGUGGCCUCCUCUGUGGGUGGACGUCCGAGCCGAGCUGGACUGCUGACGGAGACGUCGUCCCGCUACGCCCGUAAGAUCUCGGGCACCACGGCGCUCCAGGAGGCCCUGAAGGAGAAGCAGCAGCACAUCGAGCAGCUGCUGGCUGAGAGGGAUCUGGAGCGCGCCGAGGUUGCCAAGGCAAACAGCCACAUCUGCGAGGUGGAGAAGGAGAUGAGCGUCCUCAAGGCACAGCACGUGCAGUAUGUCACAGAGAACGAGAGCGCCCUCCAGCAGGUCCAAACCAUGCUGGCUAGCACACAGAAAGACAAGCUGGAACUGGCCAAUCAGCUCGAAGAGGAGAAGAGGAAAGUGGAGGACCUCCAGUUCAGAGUGGAAGAAGAGUCCAUCACCAAAGGAGACCUGGAGACUCAGACGAAAUUGGAACAUGCCCACAUUCGUCAGCUUGAGCAGAGUCUGCUGCUCGAAAAAUCGAGAGCAGAGGCGCUCCAGAAAGAAUUAGAGAGGCGAAGGCAAACCACAGUAGAAGAGCAGAGUCGCAUCAUGCAGCUGGAAGAGGAGCUCACCCUCCGAAGAGCUCAGGUUGAGGACCUCCAGGGUCAGCUCCGACGAGUCGACGCAAGCUCCCAGCAAGAGGCCCUGGGGGCCAACAUCCAACCGGAGGCCCUCCUGCUGCGGGAGCAGCUGCUGUCGGCAGGCCGCGAGCACCACAAGGAGAGCAGCGAGCUCAAAGAGAAGCAUGAGACAGCGUUAGCAGCAAGCCAGCAGGAGAUCAGCUCGCUGAGGACGGUCGUGGAGAAACAGAACGUUGAGAUCAGCAAGAUGAAGCAGAAGGUCCAGCAAGCCAACAAGGAGAACGUGGAGAUGAUGGACUCCUGGAAGACUAAGUUUGACACUUUAGUAAGUGACCAUCAGCGAUCUAUGGAGGAGCUGAAGGCAUCGUUGAGUAGAGGUCAGUCUUCUCCACAAGGGCAGGAGCAGGAUGCCCAGGAGCUGAGGAUCACCAUGGAGAGCCUGAAGAUGGAGCACCAGCUGGAGAUGGAGAACUUAAAGGCCAAACACAAGAUCGAAGCUGCCAUUCUGAUCAAGGAGCGCGAGGACCUCCGCGCUCGCCUUCAGGAGGCCACAGACCAGCUGGCUGAAGGCAGAUCCGACGUGGAGGCUCAGAGAGGCAAGGCUUUGCUGAAUGAAGUCUCCCACAAACUGCAGAAGGCAGAGGCCAGGCUGGCAGAGAUGGAGAUGCUUCAGGUGGAGAGGGAAAAAACGACGACUGAGCUGCGAGAAAGCCUGGAGCUGUCAGAGAAGACGAUGGCGGAUUACCAGGCUCUGCAGAAGGCCCAGGCUGAGAGCCAGGAGGAGAUCCAGAAACUAGAGGAGAAGCUGAGGGUGACGGUGAACCAGCUUCAGGCUGUGCAAGCAGACCGCUUCACACCUCAUGAUGCAAAUAUGAUAGAAGAUAAUGAAAUUUCAGAUGAGAAGAUGAAGCUGAAGCAGAAUAUUGAAGAAUCAAUGGAGAAGUCGAUGAAAAGGGAAAAAGAAGUUUCCACUCUCACUUCCCAGAUCAAAGCUCUAAAGUCACAGAUUGGAGCUCUGGAAAGUAAAGUUCACUCUGGGGAAAAGAAAGCCGAAGCCUUAGCCAAGGAGAAGAUGCGUGUGGAGGCCGAGCUGGAGGCCAUGACCAAGAAAUCUCAUGAUGCAUCGGGGCAGCUGGUCAGCAUCAGCCAGGACCUGCUGAAGAAAGAAAGGAGUCUGAAUGAACUGAGGGUGUUACUCUUGGACUCACACCGCCACUCUCGGGAUAUGGAGAAAGACCUGAGCCGAGAGGUGCACAAGGCUGAAUGGAAGGUCAAGGAGCAGAAGCUGCAGGACGACAUACAAACACUGAGAGAAAAACUGCUGCUGCUGGGCCGGGAGCGUUCCUCCCCCGACCACCGGCGGUACUCCAUGCUGGACCCUUCAGCUCUGGACUCAGAGGUGAGCCGCCUGCGCCAACGUCUGCUCUGUACCGAGGACGCCCUGAGGAAUGCCUUGGAGCACAACCAGCAAGUCGACAAGCUUGUCCAGGCCAUGCGUAGACAUCCAGACAAAAGCCAGGUUCUCGGUGCAAAUUCAGCGAAUGGAAUUUAUCACCAGGAAUCAAACAGCACUCAAGAGGAACAACACUGAUGGAAGCAGCAGAGACGAGUUGGAGACUGUGACGUGAACCCAGACUAAUGCAAAGACCUUCAGAAAAAGCUCGAGUGAAACGUCUCCUGAUGCUGCGUCGGACGCCUGAAAACAUGAGUUUACAGUCAAUGAAUACCAAAACAGUGAAUUGUAUGUUGUUGCAGAAUGUACCUAAUAGCCAAUCACAAAGGUCGCCUAAAGUACUAUAAAGUAUGGGACAUGAAGAGAUAUUAUCAGUAAAACAAACUGCUGAGAACUCAGAGUAUGGCUGCUCUGGAUGCUUUACAUUAGUUAGGAAGCUUAGUGGGAACUCCCCCUGUUUUGAUGGACAAACAUGAAGACCUGAUGGACUGACUCUCAGUUGCUUUCAUUGUUUUAUUUAUUGCUUUUACUUUGACAUUUUGCUUUCUAAUAAUCCUUUGUACUGCUUGAAGCACAGCCCAACGUCUGACAUUUCUAUUUUAUUCUGACGAGAACUGGUAUCAGACUUGUUACCUUUCACCAAACUGUAAAGUUCAAUCUCCUGCUGUCGCACACACAAACAACAGAAAUGUUUUCUUUAAUCCCUUCAUGACUGUAGUCAGGUUGUAUGCAUUUUAUGAAUGUUAGAUUUUAUAAUACCCCUAGAAGUCAUUCAGAAAAAAGUGCAGAACAUACCCAACAAGUCACUCUAACUUAAAUAAAUACAGUUACCAGGAGCAACCAUGUGUCUUAAUAUAAAAGGAAGGAAGUUAUAUUGCAUUAAAUGCCUUUUUGAUCCUUUCAGUGCAUUAUUAUGAAACUACAGGACAGCUGUGGAGAGCAUCAGUACUCUUGAUGUUAUCAAUUUGCUGAUAUAAACCCACUGGCAAAACUAGUUAAACACCAUAGUGGAAUGACCUGAUGUGGACCUGAUUUGGCGCAUAUGCAGACCAGUGAUGGGGGUGCAGAGCCAGCACCAAAGUGUUGGCAUCAUGAGUGAACCAGUUGCAGGAGCACUGAACUGAUUUUUAUAGGGGUUGCAUUUUUUUUGGAGAGGUCACAGUGUCUCAGUUUUGGAGCCAAACGGUGCAUGUGGAUACCUGCACAUUUUGUGGAAGUCUAGUUGCCACUAAUUUAAUUUUAUUCCUGGAGAGAAGGGUGUCUGGUUUGGAAGCCCCAGGGUCUCAUCUUUGCUUUUUGCAGACGAUGUGAUUCUCCUGACAUCAUCAAGCCGUGUCCUUUAGCGUGCACUUGUGCAGUUUGCAGCUGAGUAUGAGUUGGCCGGAAUGAGUCGGCUCCUCUGAGUCUGAUGCCAUUUCUCUCAACCAGAAAAAGAGUGGACUGCUUCUUUCCGUGUUGGGUUUGUAUAUUCUGCCUCGAGCGGAGGACUUCAAGUAACUUUGUUCAUGAGUGAUGGUAGGAUGGAGCAGAACAUGGAAAGACAGUUUGGGGCCUCAUCUGCAGCAAUGUACCCACCCGCGAUGUACUGUAAAACCAGGGAUCUACAUCUCUGGACAUCGAGAACUACUCCCCCUUCAUUCAGCUUUUAGAUGGAUCCGUGCUUCAACACACCUAAAGCACUUAACUGAAUUCCAUCUCCUGCAUGUAUUAAAGUUCUGCAGAGCUCUGGUAAUGAGCUAGUCAAUUGAUUCUGGAUACAAACAGCUGAAAUGUGCUUCCUCCAAAGCAUGGCUGCGUUAAGCCUUUGAGAUAGGGUGAGGAGCUCAAUCAGCUGGGGGAGCUUGGAGUAGAGCCGCUGCUCCUAUGCACCGGAGUCAGUUGAGAUGGUUCGGGAAACAUCUGGCCGGGACGUUUCCGCAGUGCUUUCUAUCAGCAUGUCCCUCUGGGAGGAGAUGCCUUGGGAUGCCCAGCAAUGAGAUGGAGUGUACCACCAGGAAAGAGAGGUCUGGUUUCACCCCUUGACCUGUUACACCUGCAGCCUGAUCUCGGCAAAGCAGAAGACAAUGGAUGGACAGUUACUUGAGACAGAACACAGGUAGGGAGGAUCCUUGUGUUUGACAAAACUUUGUGAUUUAAACAUCUCGUGUCAAACCUCACCGUGUCUCAACAACUGACAUCCGCUGGACAUUAACACCAGAGCAGAGAUCACUCACCAACCCUCAGAGGAGAUCGACUUAUGACCACUAAUGUCAUUAUAUCCUCAGAGGUGAAUGUAGGUUGUGUAUUUGCAUACAUAGCACUAAGUUCUACCUAUCUACUAAUGUUGUAAAGAGAGACAUCAACAUUAUGGGUGGUAUCCUCUCAGCAUAAACUCCGACCCAUUGUGGAUCUGCUGGAUCUCAAGGUUCAGCUUCAACAGCUCUGGGUCGCUUGCUGCAGGAGAGUUAGCAAUCACUGUAUGAAUCUGAUUUGUAUCAAAUUAUUUCUUGAAUUCAGGUCUGAAAAAGCGCCACACCCUACUCACAUCCGUGACCUUGUGUUGCCAUCUCAGUUUUCCAUGUGAUCAGAUAUUGUAAUGAUUGCAGUAUAGUCAUUCAGUUUCAUUUCAUUUCCCCCAUUUCUGCCACUGCCUAUGGCUAUCUAACUCUUUUUGUCAGUGGCUGUACAUAGUCAGAGAAACUACGAGUUGACUGAAACUCUCUCUCACAGUUAAGAUUGUGAAAAAGUAUUUACUCCCUUAAAGAUUUCUUCUGAUUUUGUCUUUUUCUCACAUUUAAAUGUUUCAGAUAAUCAAACAAAUGUUAAUAUCAGACACAGAUAACCUGAGUAAAUACAAAUUGCAGUCUUGAACUGAUAAUUUGUGGAUAGAAGUUCAUGGGUUCAAAUCCGGACCUGGGCUCUUUCUUCGAGGUGAUGGCAUGUGCUCCCUGUUCAUACAAUCCCCACGCCUCCUCCCAAAGUCUAAAACCAUGACUGUUAGGUUAACUUGCAGCUCUUUAAUUCCUGUUGUGUCUCUGUGUUGUCCUGUUAUGGACUGGCAACCUGUCCAGGGUGUACCAUACCUCUCGUCCAAUGGCUGCUGGAAAUAGGCACCAGCAACCUCUGUGGCUCUGCAAGGAAAAUCAGGUAGACACUGGAUGGAUGGAAGCUAUAUAAACCAACCUGGCCAAAAGUGAAAAAAAUGUUUAAAUCUUGAAUUAAGUGUAAUUAACCAAUUAACUACAUGUUUUUGGAAACCUGAGUUUGUUUUUACCAGCUUCCUGAAUACUGCCACACCUACAGAUUUAGGAAAUAACUUGAAAAGGACCUGUCUGACAACAUGAAGUAGGUUAAAAUAUCUUAAAAAACAACAGAUUAUGCUCAGCUUCAACACCCAAUGAGAAACUAAAUCAGAGCCAUCCAUCUGUCUCAAAAAAGGUUACAAAGCUAUUUCUAAAUCUUGGGGACUCCAGUGAACCACAGUGAGAGCCAUUAUCCAACAAUGGAGAAACAUGGAACCAUCCAAGGAGUGACCACUCAAAUAAAAUUACUCUAAGAGUGUAUUUAUAACUCCUCCAGGAGGUCACAAAGAACCCAGAACCAUUCAGUUGCCUCAUUUAAGGUCAGAGUUUAUGAUUCAGCAAUGAGAAAUAGACUGCUGACCAAACAAAACGCAAAAGCCUGCCUAACAUUGGACAAAAAAAAUCUCGAUGAUCUCAAUGACUUUUGGGGAAAUGUUCUGUGAAUUGUUGAGACAAAAGUUGCAUUUUUGAAGGUGUGUACCUGCUUAUAUCUUCCUUAUGCAGCAUUUCAGAAAAAAAAGAGCAGCCUGGAAGUCAAACCUUGUGGUGGAAGUAGAUUUAUGAUCUGGGACUGCUUAGCUGCGUCAGGAGCUGGACAGCUUACCUUAAUUGAUAGAUCCAUAAAUUCUUCUCCCUGGAGGAAAAUCCUGAUCGAGAAUGUCUGACCAUAACACACAGGAUACAAAUCCAAAGCACACCAGCAAGUCCACUUCUAAACCUCUCAAAAAAAGAAAGUUUUUCAGCGGCCUAGUCAAAGUCUAAACUUUAACUCCAAUUUAAAUGAUGUGACAUAGCCUUAAACUCUCUAGUGUGGCUAAACUAAAACAAUUCAGCAAAGAGGAGUGGGCAAAAUUCCUACACUGCGAUGGAAAGGACUGAUAGUGUGGCGGUUGUAUCAGCUAAGAGUUGCAAUCAGUUAUUGGGAGGCAAUUACUUUUUCCUGUAGGGCCAGGUUGGUUUAGAUAGCUAUUUCCCUUAUCAUCGUGUGGAUACUGCUUUUUAUAUAAACUCAUGUUAUCUUUGUCAAUAAUAUCUGUUUGAUGAUCUGAAACAUUUUUGUCACAAAAAUGCAAAAACGGAAGAAAUCUGUGAGGGGGUAAAUACAUUUUUACAGCUCUGUACAUCUGCAGCAUUGAUAUGAGGUGGCUGCUAGGGGUGAUUUUUGAGUCCAUAUCCUUAAAAUCAAACCUGCUUGGCCAGAAGAUGGGUGAUGAUUAUGCUAAAAAACCUUCAGAAGACAAUUAUAUCGACUGGUUCUUCUGCAAAACCCUGUUUUAGUGAAGUUACUUCAUUUACUGUGGUUCUGCAUCAACACAGACCCCAUCCAAUCCUAAUUCGUGAUGUUUGGUAUGAAAUGGCAGCCUACAUAAGCCCAUUUUUUGCUGUAUAAGAAUCAUGCCUGCAGUGCUUUAUUGACCCGCUUUUUAAAGUGUGCUGAAGGGCUGUCACACGAGCUGAAACCCAAACAGACAAACGUGGGAUUUUGAAAUUCACCAACUCUCUGAUUAACAACACAAGGCUUUUGUUUAGUGCUUGUGCUGUAAAGUCUUCCAGAUAUUGAUUUACCCAUGCCUCAUCUGAACCAGAAGUUUUGUUUUGUAGGUUGCAGGAGACAUGACAAGAAGGAGUUCAGCCUGAACACGUCAUGUAAGGCAGGCGGAGAUACAAUGUAAAGUUUUUAUUGGAUGUUAUUGUACAUGGCCUUCUCAGCUUGGGGUGGUGGGGUUGGACCCUUUGGAUUAUUGCUGCAACAGUUUUGGAGAUUGAGUCAUUAAAUAUUAACAAUGUA